ACGGCAAUUACGGUCGUGAUUUCAUACAUUGUUGCUCGAGAAAGUCUCGCAGCCAUGUCAACGCGCAAGACUCGCCGGUUUACGCCGGAACAUGAGGCGAUCAUUGAUAGGAUGUUUAAGUGGGAUGUGGCCUACAAGCUGCACCCCUUCUACCAUGCCAAGUACCGAACGACCAACGCGGUAAGCAAAGCGGCGCACGCUAAAGCCCUAGAGCUCUUGAAGGUCACCGAGCCCUACAAGAUAUGGGCGACUCCCCAAGCGAAUCCCGACUGCGUUAUUGGUCCUGAAUACUUCGACGUAGCAGAUCACGCGGCGAGUAAACCUCCAGCUGAGGUUAGGGAUCCCGUUGAACGGUGGCUCAUCGUCAUCGUUUUGGAUAUGGCUAUUCAAUGCUAUGAGCAUCUGUCUCUUCGCCCCCGAUGGGAGCACCUGACCACCGAAGCCCAAAACAGGGCUCGGGCCUACGUGAAGGCGCAAGAUAUGUUUGACACAACUCGCUUCUUCGAACGUUCAGUGUCCCCGGGCCCUUCUGACCCAGAGCAACUAGCGCGGUCUGUGGGACCGCACCUGUUCCUAUGUCGCAUCCAACUCAAGGACGGCAGCACGUCUGAUGUGCUUGAUCAUCUUGCAAGUUCGGUGGGCCGCUCGCGGUACGUCCUUCGCCCCGUUGGGUCAGAGACCACCAUCGAGAUGGAGGAGUCGGAAUUGGAGGAUAGGUUCGAAGCGGUUCUUUCCGAGAUCUAGGAUAGGUUGUCAUACGCAUUGCAUAGCUUGUCUACUCUCGCUUUCGUUGCGGUCAUUGUUUCAGAGGUGUUCAAUGCCACAUUGUUGUC